AAAUUGAAUAGCCUAUAUUUUGGCAAUCCUUGCUGCUCACAUGUUGGGUCAUCGGGUCAUCAGCAUGUUGAUAGCAAAUAAAAUAAACAAAAUAUAUGUUUUUAUUAGGCUCAAGAUGAAUACAAAUGUCAUCUUGUACCGAUACUUCAGCCAACGUAGUGCAAUGCUUUCUCAAGUUCAGAGUCGAUUAAACUCGAACAGAGCAAGCAUUGCUAAGACCAACAGGAAGGUGUAUGCACGGAUGUACCCAACAUUAGUAGUCAACACGGAUGGAUCCACAUAUCACAUCAACUAUCAUGAACCAAGAAAAAUAUUAAAGCUACCGCUAGAUGUUAAUAUGAUGGAUGCUGAGGAGAGAAAAGCAAGGAUGCAACAAUACCAACCAAAGACAAAGAAAACAGUAGAGGAUGACAUUGACGAUGACUUCACUGAACAGAAAUAUAGUCAUUUAUGGAAGAAAGGAAGAUGACCAAAAUAUAAGCUAACUAUUGUAAAUGCUAUGCUGACUGGCAAUAUAUGGCUUGGCUCCCAAGAAUAUGUAAAAAGAUACAUAAAGUCUUGCUGACAAAAUGGCUUGAUUUUAGAUUUAUUUCACAUUUGAAAAUUUCCUCAUUAAUUUUUUAUAAAUAAAUAUUCAGUAUUAUUCAUUAUCAUUACUGUCUGAAUGGAAGAAAUGAAUGUAAAAACACCCACCUCAGCCCACCGCGAUUUUUUUUUCCGUACGAAACAUUUUGCAUGAAACUCCACUCGGGCCGUCUCGACUCGACUCGAAAAUCUCGUACUGCAGAAUUCUGGAGGUCAAAAGGUCAUCAACCAAAGAUAAACAUCGUCUACCUAAAGUUUAAAUAUUGUUGUAGGUAUACUGUAACUUCUCGUGUACAUAUUUCACUGUCUGAUUUUUAAAAAAUACGAUGUCACCAUGGUAAUAACAAACUUGGAUAGUUUCAUAAUAUGACACAAUAUUAUUGUACAUUUUCAUUAAAAUGUGAUAUUUGAUUGAGCUGCACGCCUAAUAAAAAGUGUUAUUUGAACUUUA